AUGGACUCGGCUGGCUCCACGCCGCACAAUUCCACCGUUAAAUGGGUGCCAUCUCCCCAGGCACGCGGCACAUGGGAUUUGCUCUACAGCUGCACUUUCACGCUGGUAUUAUGCAUCGCGACGGCUCUUCACUUGAAUGUGCCCAAACCUGGCCAGAGCGACAGGAAGCACCUUCUGAGGAAGAUAAAAUGGAUGGCCUGUGGCCUGUUUGCCCCCGAAAUCGUCCUGUAUGUCGCCAUCAGCCAGUGGUGGGUGGCCAGACUCGUUCGAGACGAUGCUAAUACACCAAAUCUGAGUUAUUUCAAAGGAGCGGGAAGGGAAGAUGGAGGGCUUGAUAACCGACCCAUAGCGACACUCGAGCUGGAAAACACCGAUCUGGAAAUGCAGCGAAUUGAUCGCGACUCUGGAAAGCAAAGUCAAGCGGUCACCAAGUCGCAGGAGUUGAAAAAUCGCACUUGGAGCUUAGUUGAAGGCUUCUUUGUGGUUAUGGGCGGUGUGGCCUUUGAUGCGUCCGAGUUUUCUGACUAUCAUAAACGCCUUCUGGUGACACCCACAGGCAUGCGGCUAUUGAAUUGCCUAGGUUGCGCCCCAAAAAUCACACGUGAAGCGAUCGAAGACAAAAGCAAGGGCGACAUCCUCGCGAAAGGCCUUGUUAUCUUUCAAACAGCGUGGCUCGUACUUCAGUGUAUAGCACGGAAGGUCAAUGCGCUUCCGAUAUCACUGCUAGAGAUUCACACAAUGGUGCAUGUCGUUUGCGCCUUGAUGAUGUACAGCUUUUGGUUCAAGAAGCCUCUAGAGGUUAGGGAUCCGCUGGACCUCUAUGCGGAAGAAUAUAAGGGGAUCCUUGCUUACAUGGCGAUGCUUACCCCUGGGCUUGGGUUUAUUCACGAACAUAGGGAUGCUGCGGAAUCCUCUUGGUUGAUAUAUGAGCCUGCGACAAUACGGAGCGAGCGGGCACCAGCACCAUCAAACGAGAUUGUAAUGCUGCACUCGAGGCGUGCCGCCGACGAGGCGCUCAACUUAAGCACUCAAGAGCCCAGUCCACGAGCUCCGGUAUCGUUGGUAGAAACUGAAACUAACCCAGGCCUGCAACUGAGAAAGAACGAAAUUGACUCCUACUCACGUUUUGGUUUCAAAGAUUAUAUCUUUCCCUCUGGUGAUGUACCGCGCAAGAUGUCAGAGAAAGAUGUGCGGCGAUGGGAGCUCGCUGCUAGUGCGAUCCGAAGAUACCCUCAAUUAAAGGAAAUUGCUCGCUUCGGGAGGGAGUUUUUCACCGAUGAAGAUAGAGACUUUGUCGCCGAAUAUCUGCCUAAUAUUCAGUUUUCUGCUAGUGCAGGGGCAGCCGGACAACGGGUUCAGCUUUUCGCUGUGUCUUUCCUCGCUGUCUGCUAUGGCGCUGUUCACAUGUCCACUCUCAACUAUGAUUUUCCCACCGCCACAGAGGGUGUUUUGUGGUACGGGUCGUGCUUGUUUAUCAUGACUUUUUCUGCAGUCCUUGUAGCCUGGUGGCAGCAUCCCAACACAAGCACGCGCAUGAAGAAAGUAUGGGAUCCAGUCAUUUCGCUUGGACAGAUUAUUUUGAUCCAUUAUAUUGCUGCGCGCGGAUUUAUUGUUAUCGAGGCUUUUAUUAGCUUAAGAAAGUCGGAUGCUGAUUUAUACAAAACGGUUCGUUGGGCUGAUUAUAUUCCGCAUCUCUAG